AUGGACGCAGACGACGAUAAAGGAUUCAAUGCUUCUCCAGAGACAAUUUCGGAGAAGCCAUUAGCUGACGUAGGGGAAAACUUAGAUGAAAAGAAUAAUUACUAUGACUUUCAAGCAUUUCUCAAGAUAAUGCGAGACCCUAAGGCAGAUCCUAUUGUCAAACAUACCAAAUCAUUUAUUAGGAAUUUUGUAAGCCAACGAGAAAACUGGACAACAUCUGAACAAGAGAAGCUCAUUAAUGACUUUAAAGUUUUCAUAUAUGAUAAACUUCUGACAAAUGAAGCCUUCAGAGACCUCAGUGAUGCGCAGAUAAAGAAUGCUAAGGAAGGAAUAGAGAAAUUAGUGAUGGGGAAACUUUAUUAUAAGUGUUUUUCUCCUUGUCUAGUGAACGAGAAGAGAAGUUCAGAUGCUACGCAUGAACAGGAUCUUUUAGAUGACGCCAAGUUAAGGGACAAAAUCUUAGAGUUCAGAUUCCUUGGCCCAGAACAUUUGGAUAUCAUUCCGGAUUUGAUCAACGGAAAACUUCACAGUUUCAUAGCACUUUCCGCAAAAGAACUGGCCAAAAUCAACCAGUAUCGCUCCCCUAGAGAUAAAAUGGUUUGUGUUCUAAACUCAUGUAAAGUUUUAUUCGGGCUUUUGAAACACAAUAACAAGUUGAAUGGUGGUGCGGAUCACUUUGUACCAUUGUUAAUAUUUACUUUGCUCAAAAGCGAUGUCCCUCAUCUUAUCAGCAACGUUCGUUACAUUGAAAGAUUUAGAUUUCCAUCGUUCUUGAUGGGAGAAAACGCAUAUUAUUUAAGCACCUUACAAGGAGCGGUCAAUUUCAUUCUAGAUAUGGAUAUAGAUUCGAUCAGCAUCUUAGAAACGGAUAAAGACUUCAACAAGAAAUAUUCUCAGAAUCAGGAGGAAAUCAAGGAUCUUAAAAAGCAAGAACUUCUAAAUCCAAAGGAUUCAUCUACCAAGUUCCCACACCGUACUGUGUCACCUUCGCCAAGUGAGUAUAUACUCAAGCCGCUUGAUGAUGCUGCAAAUUCAGUGCUAACUAAACUCAACGACUUUUGGAACACAAGUACUUCUCCAACACCCUCUUCACCAGAGUAUGAGGAUAGAUCUCCCAGAGAUCAUCAAGAGAUCGACGAACAUACAGCCACCGUUUUGGCACAACAGAUGGAGCAUAAAGAGCAAGAAAAUACACUUCAAACAUUACAGUUGAUGUUUCCGGAUUUAGACCCAGAUCUUAUUCGAGACGUAUGCAUAGCUAGCAAAUACAGAGUCGGUGUUUGCGUAGACUCAUUGUUAGAAAUGGCAGAAUGA